GGGGGGCUGCCCGCCCCCCCGGCCCCCACCGAGCCCUCCUUGGGUCUCCCUGCCAGCCUCCACCUCCCCAGGCUGCCCCAGCCCCGCAUCCUGCCCCGCCAGCAGCCUGCUUGCUCCUCUGGUGCUCCCGGAGAAGCACUGCAGAGCCCUUUCCUCGAGCGCUUCACCCAGACAGCUGGGCCUGGCAUCGCCGGGGCAUUGUGUGAGGGUCCUGCCAGCCCUUUGCAAUCCGUACCAGGAGCACUGUGGGUCUGUGGCCCCCUGGCGCUGUAGCCAGGGCACAUCCCCCGCUAGCGUGUCAAGUGGACAAACUUGCUCUUGGGUGGACAGGCUGUUUUCUGGGGGUGCGGCUGCUCACGGCUGGCUUUUUCUCCUACUACAAUCUGCAUUGCACAAAACGAGACCAGGUGGAUUGAUAUUGAGAUGUCCCGUCCCUGCUGAGAUGUCACAGCCUCUCCGUUCAACAUCAGAAUAUCCCUUGCUGUGUCCCGGCUGUUCCCGGGCUUGCUGCAGCCUGAAGCUCUCAGCAGAAGAUGAUCCAUUUAGCAGCCUGUUGAGCGCACGUUGUUAGUUGUGUUUCUCCCUCUCUCCCAGCUUGGGAUUAAGCUUUACAUCCUUGCUGACUUCACUGCGCCUGUUACCACUUGUUCAUUCUGAAGGGGGCAAAUCUCACCGCAGGCUGAUGACGCUGGCUGCGGCUCUGUCGGAACGCUUCCCUGCCUGCCUCCUCUCCUCCGUGGGAGAUCCCCCGCGUGUCACAGAGCAACUGCAUUAUCCUCCUCCAAAUCCCUCUUCUGCUGUGACGUCUGCAGAGCACUUGACUGAGAUUAGUUUGUCAUGCGGAGGCUCUUACCCUCCCCGCUGACCCGUGCUUCCCCUUCUGUGGCUGCUUUUGGCUUCUGUCUCUUCCCUGCUUGUGCUGCUGAUGAUGGCACAGGGCACCACUCUGGGGCUGGCACUCCCGGGCUCCGGAGAAACCGGAAUUCAGGGAAGAAUGUUGGAUGCGAGUAGUUCCUUGCUCUGUCUGCUCAGGUGCUAACUUUUCCAUCACAGCUUUCUCGCCUGCGCUCUGCCCUCUCCAACAGUGUCUUGGACACCUUCUGCAUUUCUCUAAAAAGGGGUUUUCCACUGAAUCCUCCUCAUUAUUUUGAGAGGUAUCAAUGAAGGUAAAGAUUUUAUAACUUCUCGGCUCAGCAUCCAGCUGCAGAGCUGGCAACACAGCCAGCUCAGCAUGAGAGGAUCGGAGUUCUCCUGGAUGCAUCACAAAGUCCUGCCUGGACCGCUCUUUGGUGCCUAUUUUUUUUUUAUUUAAAGCAAUAAUCAGUGCUUUCUGUCCCGGGCAGGCAGUUGUGUAGUAUCUUGAGCAUGAUCUGGGUGUUGUCCCUCAGGCUAUUGUACACUUGGCCCUGGUGAUGUGUGUUUCCUUCAUGCCGCCCUGCUUGAAUUUCCUGCUUCCUCCCCACUUGGCAGCGAGUGCCCUUGGAUUAACACCAGUUUGCUGUGACGGCAAGUUGCAGACCGUUGUUCAAACAAGGGAACAGGAAGGAGCAGUGUUGCCUUGCCACAGCGUUCGGCAUCAGUGAAGCACAACUGAAAUAGCCUUCAGCUCUGCUGUCAGGUCUUCGGGAGGAUGCUGCAACUUUGGCAGGGACUCAGAAUCAAUUUCUGAGCUGAAUCACUUAGGAAGCUGGAAAAUUGAAUGUGACAGUGGGAUAGAUUUGAGGUGCUCAGGCUGCUUAGUGCUGAGACGGCUCGACCGUGGUGUGUGCGCAGGGAGAGGGUUCAGUGCUUUACCAAGGGAAAAUGAGAUCUGGUUACCCGAAGCUGGGGCAUGUCAAACUCAAACUGGAAAUGAGCUGCAGAUUUUGCUGAGUUAACCACUGGAACCCUUCAUCUUGGGAUGGGUUGGAUGGGAUUGCCUGAAGUCUUUGUUUAGGUUUGAGGAUAUUUCUGCGAGAGAUGUUUUAGUUUGACUGCAGAGGUAAAUCAGUGGCAGGGUUGUCUUGAUGAUGCUUCUAACUUGGGUGAUGCCCAGAAUCCGACCCAGUGUUUGUGAGUUGCCAUGCCUGGGCUUAAUGGUUUCAGGUCCCCGCUUAAAAAUGCAAGAUGACUUCAGUUGCUGUGAGCUAACUAUCUUCUCUCUCCUUUUGAGGUGUCAAGGGUUGUUUUUCCAGCAAUUUGGACCUUUUUGAAGUGCCCGUUUGCCUAAUGCCAUGAAUAUUGCAGUGAACAAUGUGGAAGAAAAAGCUGUCCAUUCCUGGUCAAGAAUUUCCUCUGCGGGACAGAAAGUGCUGGAGGAAGCCCUCCGAGUCUUCAACCCAAUGUCCAAGGAUCUUUCGGACACAGAGACCCAGCUGGUGGCCUUCAUUCAGGGCCUGAAGGAGGAGGGCUACCAGCCCACAAUUCUGAGGAGUAAGGAUGUGUAUGGGUACAGCUCGUGCACAGCAGACACACCUAGCCAAACAAAAGAGAGCACCCCACACAACUGCGCUGCUGCCGCCGAGUCCGCUAAGAGUCCGGCUCGAAACAACGCAGCCAUGGCAAAGGUGUCUGCUUCACCCACCAGUGUUUCGGUGAACUCUUCAAAAGUCUCCGCUCAGCCUGUCUCUAAAGGGGAUUCCACAAAUCUCCUCUUGAGCUCCCUGAAGCAGACAAGAUCCGGCACGUCCAAGGCCGCGGCAGUGGGCUUCCCUACAAGCAUGUAUCCUGACGUGUAUCCAGCCAUGAGACUGUCGGUGGUUCUGGAAGCUCUUGUGCCACUUAAAACUACUGCGUCCUGUUUGGAGUCCAAGUACACACAAGGGCAUCUCGGGAUCUCGCCUUCGGACCUUAAACGCCUCAAGGCUUCGAGUCCGCCGAGGCAGUUUUCUUCAGGCAAGACCACUAAAAUAGCAGAAGGUAAGGGAUACAAGCGUUUGAUAAAGAAAGCACCGGAUUCUGCCACCCUUGCUUUAAAUCUUCUGAAGGGACCAAAGGGUGGAGUGCUGCAGGAGAGCAAUGCUUGCAAAGCCUCGGGAGUUCUCAAUGGGAGAAUCACAGGCAGCUCAUCCCAGGACUGCACCACAGCACCGCAGUCCAAGAGCUUGAAAAUCAAAAAUAAGGAACCUCUGGUGGGAAAAACAGAGUGGAAGGACAGCAGCACUUAUCGGGAGAGCGUUGGGCAGAAGAGGAGAAGAGCUACGGAAGCAAGAGAAGCACCGCAGAGGAAGAAAGCAAAUACCAUUCCUGUCCGAAAUAAAUCUCGACGGGCUCAGAGCACUUUGAACCUGCUGAAAUUCCAGGCCAUCAAGGUGGGCAACUCUUCUUCUGACGAUGAAGUGAGGAGGAGAGCACAGAAGAUUCUUAGGGUCAACCUGUCCCCCGUGAUCCGAAUUCAGCCCUUGUCCCACUCUCACAGCGUUCCCUGAGUUUCUUCACUUUGUCACUUUUUAUUGUAAGUAAGUAAAUACAAGCCUGGCACCAGGGCAUGGAGAAGUUUAAGAGCACCUCUGAAUCUCUGGUGUCUGGUGACGAUAUGUCAACUAACCUGCAGACGGAGCAGCCUGCUCUCACGCUGUUUCUGCCUGUCUAACACUGCUAUGCAGAACUGACUGCAGAAAUAAAAACCCCUGUUUGGGAACGUGGGACGGUGACUCUCGCCCACGGGGAGCCGAGCAGGUCGGAGGGCUCGCUUCCUGCGGGCGCUCUUCUGAACAUGGCAGGCUGCGCUCUCGUGCAGGGGGAGAACACGGGACUUUCUCAUGACAUUGAUGCACUGUGAUAUUGCUCUUUUUCAAGCUGUACAUUUACUGGUUUUAUUUUGAUCAAAUUUUAUAACUUUAUUAUCUAUAUAUCUAUAUAUCCAUAUAUGUGCAUAUCACCUAGGAACUGUGGGAUGAUGCACUUCCUCCAUCCCUCUGGGAUUGGGUUUGAUAGCUUUUGUUCCCCCUCCCCUUCAGCCAGUCUUUUGUUGAAAGGUGCCAGGAUUUCUUUGUGAUUCAGUGUUGUGACAGUCUGUUCUGGGCUCUCUUGAGCAGCUCAAGCAGGCAGAGUUAUAGCCACUUGUUUGUCUCCAGAAAUGCCAAGCAAUCUGGACAAUUACCAGCUGGUAGCUGACUGUAGUUUUAAUCAUGUUUUCGGUAUUACCUCUGCAUAAGAGUGGGGGAGUAUUACGGGGCUGUUGCCUGCAGGUCUGCCUGACAUCUCUAGGUGCCUCCUUGGUUUGUUGGUAGCAGAAGCUCUGAACUCAAGGUAGGGGGUUUGCCUCCAAAGAGUGAUUCCUCCUCAGCACCCAGUGUUGCUCUGCUCUCCUGUACCCCAGGUGCAAACCUGGGACGUGCACUGUAAGUGUUAGAGCUGAAGGGCUGGAGUUGUUAGUAAGAAUUGCAUAAAAUGUCCUGCCUGCCAUGUAACUGCUUUGCUCUUGCUGGGUGUUUCAGGAGCAGGUUCUAGGUGCCAGUAGAGAAGACACGGGCUGCAUUUGAAUGUAUUAGAUACAUCUUGCCAGUCCCAGAGCUCAGUGGGGUAUUUGAGCCUGAAUUAGAAGAGCAGAAGAGUUGAGAGGAUAUAUGCCAGCAGUUAAACACAGAGAGUUUCUUUCUGUCAGUUUGUGUGGGUGAAGCCGUAGGAGGGGAGAUCGGCACCGUGUUGCGAUGGGUGACAGCUUUGCUGUGCCGUCUGGGAUGUUGCGAGAAGGUGUGGCAAGUGUGAAAGCUCCCAGGGUGCAGGCUCUGCCCGUCCCCAGGAGGCACUGCAGAACCACUGUGGGCGGCCGUGUUAGCCUUCCCGUGCCGGGGUUGCGCUGUCAGAUGGGAACAUAGGCUGUGCGCUGGUGGAGGUCGGGUCUACUCUACGCAGAGAGAGCAAGCUCCAGGAGAAACACCGCGUUGGAGCAGUCGGUGCUGCAGCUGUCACCUGGGAGGGAUGGCCUCCGAUGAUCUCCAUUGGGAUACUGCAAAAGCAGAACCUGGCGGCUUGGGGAGAGGGAGCACUGUCUGGCCAGGCGUGAGCCCAGCUCUAUGCUGCUGUAUGUUCAGAUCUCUGCAGCAGUGGGCCAGUAAUCCACUCAUUCUCUCACCAGCUCAAAAUACCAGUUGUCUGACCUAGUAAUCCCUGCGGACACUGGCUGAAGGGAUGAGCUCCCCUGGGAAGCCCCAGCCCCAGCUCCUCACGUUUCAGCCCCUCCCUAGCACCUGGCUGGAUUUCAGCACUUUGUAAAAGGGGUUGGCGUCUGAUCCCCAGCUCGGAGAGGAACACCACAGCUUGGAGAGGAGGAAGGAGGUUCAUGAGGGAGUGAGAGGGCAGGAAAUCUGGGUGUCCCAAGGCACAACCAGGUUUCUUCCCCCUUGCCUGGGUAGGGCAGGGUGGAGGUUCUCCCUCAGGGGAUGAUUGCAGGCUCUGAAUCACACACUCGGGUUCUGUGUGGUUUUACUGUGCGUGUCUGAGCUCAGAGAUGGUAGCUUGCAGUGUUUGAGACUGACCUGUGAAUGCCGCUGCUUGGCUGCAGAAGAGGAGGAAAUAUUUUCUUCUGCUUCUGUGUUUUAAAACACAGAAACUCUCUGCCCUGGCAGAGAGUUCCCUGUCCUGACAUGAUGCUGGAUGAACAGGGACCCUCCAUCACUGUUAACUGGCCAAAAAUUGCUUUGUCCCUUUUGUUCCCAUCCUUCAGACCUUUCUCAUUCCCACGGUCUCAAAUGCCAGGUCUUGAAGUCUUGCACUGGAGUUUCUCUUUUUGGCUGUGUCCCGAGGAGGGCUCUGAACUCCUGCCUACGGUAUUGCUGUCUGCAGGCUGCUCCACAGCUUCCCCUGUUCCCAGCCCCAUAUAAGGGCACCGAGAGCUGUCUCUGGAGCCUCUUCGUGCAGUGCAGGCAUCCCAGCUGAGUGCCUGGCCUCUGGUGGGAAAAACAACCGUGCUUCAACAAGGCUGAAUUUGGGUCGAGACUGCUUUUCCUCUAGCCUGAGCAGGAAGCUGAGCACCUGAGGCUAGUUUAUCGGGCCACAUCCCUCCUCUUCGCUGUGUUUCUUUCCCCAGCUGUGCUGCUGCCUGCCUCCCCACUGUUCUCUGUCACCUCUUGUCUUUCACAGCUUGGGUCUUUGCCAGUCAAGGACUUGGCUUGUACUGUUGCUUAACACAUCCAGCAGAACAUACUGCGUUAGCGCUGCCAUGCCUUUCCAGGUGCUGAGCCGAGUUCUGUGAAUGCUUGGUGGCGACAGCUUGCCCGGUAUCUUUCCCAGGCCACCAUCAAGAGGUCUUCUGCUCCGCAGGGAGAGGCAAGCAUUAGAAAUGCUUCUGUGUCACUGAGGCUUCUUCCAGGGAAGUGAGCACCCCAUAGCUCUGUGCUCAGGGACUUGCCCAUCAUCAGUCCAGUCUCUGCCAGCUUUGCUGCAUGUCCCUAACAGACUGCAGGACCCCUCAGCUACUGGCAGUGCUGGAGCUCGCUCCUCUGCCCUCCUGAUGUCUCCUCUUUCCCCUCAUAAGUGAUUUGGGAACUUGGCCAGAAUGAUUGUGGCUUGUUACUCACAGAGGGGCUUUACAGCCCCUGAUACCAAUGCCGACACAACUGCUGCAUGUCAGCUAUUCCCAGGGAAUCCGGUGCUGGCAGACAGGCUGCCAGGUGGUUGGCUCUGCCAUCCUUCAUCUUGUGGCCAGGUGCGGGUGCUCCUGGCAUCCCAGGCCAUCAGCACUGAUGUGCGGGAGGCUGCAGAAGGGGCUGUGCUGUGGAUGUUGCUGUCCAGUGUUUAAGGAAGAUAAAGGGUUUGAUCAAAUCAGACCUGCCUAAGACCUGAUCUAACCACAGAUCUCCCACCAGAGGUCUCUUCCACCCUAUGUUAUUCUGUGACAGCAGAGUAACGCUUGCCUUCCAGGGACCUGCACAGCAGUAACUGGCAGGGCAUAUAGAAAUGCUUUGCCUGGAGUGAUGUGGUCUCUGCUGAGAGUGCUGUAAGGAGGUUGUUCAGACCUGUUUCUGUAUUAGUCACUUUGAAUUCAUCCAAGUGCCUAACCUGGCCUAUGCUGUUCCUGGGCACCAUGACAGCCGAGAGCUUUGGAGACUCUCUUAGGAAUGCUUUUACUGCAUGGAUUUGUGCCACUGUCACUUCAAGAAAUGAUUCAGCCAGCGGUCAAAGGGCUUGUUCUUCCGACUGCGUUUGUGGAAAUCAUUUCUCCUUUUAUUCAGCUGCCAAGAAGCAAGAGUUUAUGCUUUGCCUCCACCAAACAAGGUCUUUGAGCUUCCUGCAUGCUUCAGAUGUCCGUCAGCGAGGUCCGUGGGGAGAGCAGCUUGUCCGGCAGGCAGAUGAAGGGGAAGCUGACAUCAGAUACCAGUUGAAAUCACACUGUUAAUUGGUAGAAAUGUUUUGAAGCUCAUGUCCAGCGUGAUCAGAUUUCACCUUCUGCCAUUACUUUCAGCUGGAGAAGUUUCUCCUUGGCCUCUUCCCUGCAAGCCCUGUAGCAUGGUGCUGCUGCUUCCAAACUGUGUCCCGCCCAGAGCCAGCUGCUGUAGCCACCCUUGUACAGAAUUUCUUAGGCACUUUUCUGCAAAAUAAGAAGGGAUUAUUUUGUUACUCCUGUUUCAUAGCCCACUAGUGGUAUUUCAGUGCAAGGAGGCAUGCUCUGUGGAGUGUUGUGAGCACUCGCCUAGAUGGAUACUUCUCAAAUGAGGGCAUCACCCUCCCAGCCUGCAGCAUGCAUGCUCACAGGGCCGGGGAGGUGGGCUGAGACCCCUCAUUGCCUGGUGUUUCCUUGCACAGAGAUCAGUCAGUCACCAGAUGAGAGCGUCGCAAGGAAGUCGGGAGCAGAACAGCAUGGGUGGGCGAUGCUGGGCAGACGGCUCCCCAACCCUGCUCCGCAGCUGCCCCUGUUCUGCCACGUGUCCUACAGGCCCGCCUCGCACACGAGCAGCACUUCUCCACUGGUGGAGCCGCUCCAGCUGCUCUCCCCCUUGGGUUCAAGUUCCCUGCCCUGUCUGGGAGCUGGGCCUUUGGUGACAGCACAAGGGAUGCGUGGGGACGGAGGGCAAGUCUGUGUCUCAGCUGCAGCUGGACAGCGUGUUGCAAGCUGGGCAGCUUCCUGGGCAGGAGGGCAGGUUUAUGUGGGAGGAUCCUUGUUUUGGCCGUGGUUGGCAGGGUCGGUACCAAGCUGUGUGGAGCACCUGCUGCUCAAGCUAGCUAGUUGGUUUGUGUGGAAGUGACAGUUUUUGUUUUGGUCUUCAAAAUGGCACUGGCCCGUUUGCUCCUGUGGUCAGACAGGGAUGGCUUUCUGGGAGCUGAGAUGGCCUGAGGAGAGGACAGUUGUUCUGGGGCACCUCACACCUUCUCGAUGCUGCUGCAGCCCUUGGCUUUUUCACACCAUCCAUGGACAGGGGCAGGUUGCUCCCAGGACCUUGUGUUCAGGGCUCUGUGCUGGAAAGCACCAUGCUUGGGUUUCCCUCUCCUUGCAGCCUGCUCCUGCCUGGAGCUGUGUGCUGUUAGGAAGGUGCCAGGUUCCUCGCUAGCUGGUGGAGCAGAGACCUUGUCCCAGAAGGCAGGAGAGCCAGGCCCAAGUGUCCCCUUGUCUAUAGAUGUGACUGUGCUAGAACUCGCAGCUUGGCCAGCUGCUGCCUCUGAAGCUGUGGUGCUGAGGCCAGACCCCCCAGUUUGCUUAGGAGCAAAUAGACCGAAGAGGUCUGGUGAAAAAGCGAGAAGCUGGGAUUAGGGGAAACCAAAGACACCAGCAGUACCCGGCUGACCAGCUUCUGCUUCUGCUGCAGGAGAUCUGCAAACAGAGGAGCCAGCUCUGUGUACCAGUAGCACUUCCUCCACUCUGAUCCUGCCCAGCUGACGGAGCUGGCCCUGCCCUGUCUGGCAGUACUACACAGGCACUGGUGCUGUAGGAUCCGAGGCACGGGUGAGGGGGUGCCCCUUAGGAGCAGGUCUCCCUCCUAACCUUUGGUUUCCACCCUUCAUCGGUUGCACAAACUGGCCCUGCUCGGGUGGCUGCGGGGAAGGUAAGCCGCUCACCGGCUUGCAGAGACACCCCCCACCUGGGUGCGUGCUGACUUGUACCCUCUGGACACCCUUGCGGGGGAGGUAGCACUUCCUCCGGUGAGCAUCCCAAAUACCUUCCCCUGCAGGGACGAUUAGGCCUUGCCCCGGGGAGUCCCUUAAAGGCCUUAUUAUCGUCUGGGACUCUCUCCUUGUUGUCUUAAUUAGCCCUUUCCGUUCCUGUUACUACAGGCAGCCCCUGUGAGAGUCUGGUGAUUCCCACAGGCACAGUCAGGCACGCGGUGCUGUUGUAAAAGAGAAGGUGCUGAAAAGCUGCCCCCAGAAAUACCUCCCCUCCUGCCCUUGCUCUGCCAUGCUGCCCAGGCCUGGGACAGGACGGGAACGAGUGUCGGCGUUUGCGGCAGGGAAGGCGCAGUGUGUGACACCGUUCCCUCCUCCUGGUCCCUGCUGCAGCCCUCCUGAGGUGUAGCAUUUCCCAAGCAGAGGCACAGCAGCCUCUCCGAGGGACGCGGGGGUGCUGGGUGGGCACUGCCCGGCCCCUCGCGCUCGUCUCUGCCAAGCAUCAUCUCAAAGAGAGCCGUCUCCACAUCACAGCAUGACCGACCUGCUCUGGCUGGGACCAGUGCCGCUGGCUCAGCCAAAGGCAUCCCACAGUGUUCAGGGGUCCUGAGCGAUGGCCGGGGAGCAGCGACUACGGCCCACGGGAGGGCGAGUAACAAACUUUUGUACGGUGAAUUUGCAACAACUGACCAUCUUGUUCUUGAGUGAACUUUUUACUGUUUCAUUUGUUUGUGUAGAAUGUUUCCGAAGCUAUAUUAAUAUUUAAUGUUUAAUAUGAGGCUGGGCUGCUCCACACUCAGUGUUGUAUAUUUUGGAAUGGCAUUGUUUAAUGAAAAGACAGCGUUAAUAUUAUUCUGCUCUUCAGAGAGAACGGGACAAAAACCAGACUGUCUUUUUUCUUAAAUGAAGUGAACUUUUUGUUAUGAAGUCCUAGCAGGUGUCCAGCCUUUCAGUAAA